AUGGAGCUUCUGUGUUCUUCAAUCGCAUAUACUCUCUUUGAUUCAAGAAAAUCUUAAGUUUUUCCAUCUGGGAUUUUCAUGUUCUUGAAUAAACGUGUCGAGAUUUUCGUUUUGUCUUAGAUUCUUGAACGAGUUCAGAUAUUAGGGCUUCAAGAUCUUGAGAUUUCUUACAAGAUUUUGAUUUUAUGAGAGAUUCUUAGUGGAAACUUAUCCUUCCUUCCAAAAACCAGAAAAUGGAUUCAAUUAGAGUUCUUCCAGAACGAGUUACAUGAUCAAAUUCAACUGUUAUUCUUGCAAUAUUCAUGGAUGUUUGAAUAGGCAAACAACAAGGGUUCUUCUUUUCUUUCAGUUUUUUUCCUGAAAUUUGAAAUUUUAUUAGCAAUCUUCUCUGGUUUCUAGAGUGAUGAUGGCUGUGAGUUCGGCCUGCAAAGGGGACACAAUGGGAAUGGAUAACGGCAAAUAUGUCCGAUACACACCGGAACAAGUUGAAGCUUUAGAAAGAUUGUACCACGAUUGCCCAAAACCCAGCUCUCUUCGCCGGCAACAACUCAUUCGCGAAUGCCCUAUUCUCUCCAACAUCGAACCAAAGCAGAUCAAAGUCUGGUUUCAGAACCGAAGAUGUAGAGAAAAGCAAAGAAAGGAGUCAUCAAGACUGCAAGCUGUGAAUAAGAAGUUAUCUGCAAUGAAUAAGUUAUUGAUGGAGGAGAACGAUAGGUUGCAGAAGCAAGUCUCCAACUUGGUUUAUUCAAACGGCUACUUCCGCCACCAGUCUCAGCCAGCGGUGGCCACCACUGACACCAGUUGUGAGUCGGUGGUGACUAGCGGUCAACACCACUUAACUCCUCAACAUCCACCAAGGGAUGCUGCUACUCCUGCAGGGCUUUUGUCCAUUGCAGAGGAGACUUUAACAGAGUUCAUAUCAAAGGCAACUGGGACUGCUGUGGAGUGGGUCCAAAUGCCUGGGAUGAAGCCUGGUCCGGAUUCUAUUGGAAUCAUCGCUAUUUCUCAUGGUUGCACCGGUGUCGCAUCUCGUGCAUGUGGUCUUGUCGGUCUCGAACCUACAAGAGUUGCCGAAAUUCUCAAGGAUCGGCCAUCAUGGUUUCGUGAUUGCCGAGCUGUGGAUGUUCUGAAUGUGCUCACAACCGGGACUAAUGGAACCAUCGAGCUGCUUUACAUGCAGCUUUAUGCACCAACUACUUUAGCACCGGCACGCGACUUCUGGUUGUUGCGUUACACAUCUGCGAUGGAGGACGGUAGCCUGGUGAUUUGCGAGAGAUCACUGAACCACACGCAGAAUGGGCCUAGCAUGCCGCCGGUGCCUCAUUUCGUGAGAGCCAAGAUGCUUCCUAGUGGAUACCUCAUACGACCCUGUGAUGGUGGUGGCUCGAUCAUUCACAUUGUUGAUCAUUUCGAUUUAGAGUCGGCACGUGUUCCCGAAGUUUUACGCCCUCUAUAUGAAUCAUCAACGUUACUUGCUCAGAGGACGACAAUGGCGGCUUUACGGCAGCUGAGGCAGAUUUCACAAGAAAUUUCUCAACCGAUGGCCGUUAGUUGGGGGAGAAGACCGGCUGCUCUUCGUGCAAUUGGCCAAAGAAUGAGCAAAGGUUUUAAUGAAGCCAUUAAUGGUUUCACCGAUGAGGGUUGGUCUCUGAUGGAGAGUGAUGGACUUGAUGAUAUCACCGUUCUUAUAAACUCGUCUCCUGAUAAGGUUAUGGGGGCGACUCCAAUGUAUGCUGAUGGAUUUCCAUCAAUCAGCAAUGGCGUGCUGUGUGCUAAAGCUUCAAUGCUCUUACAAAAUGUGCCUCCGGCAAUACUUACAAGAUUCUUGCGAGAACACCGUUCAGAAUGGGCAGACAGCAGUAUCGAUGGUUACUUGGCUGCUUCGGUUAAAGCUGGUCCGUGUGGCUUACCUUUGGCUAGAUCCGGAAACUUUGGUGGGCAGGUUAUUCUUCCUUUGGCUCAUACCAUUGAGCAUGAAGAGUUUAUGGAGGUUAUUAAGCUCGAAAACAUGUCUAAUUAUAGGGCGGAAGACAUGCUCGUGCCCGGGGAUAUCUUCUUUUUGCAACUCUGUAGCGGAGUUGACGAGAAGGCAAUUGGCACUUCCGCUGAACUUAUUUUUGCCCCGAUUGAUGCUUCUUUUACUGACAAUGCGCCUCUACUACCUUCCGGUUUUCGUAUAAUCCCCAUCGAUAAUACAGCGAUUUACCCAAGUCAGAAUCCAACACGUGACCUUGCAUCGGCUCUUGAGGUGGGCCCGCUCGUGAACCGAGCAUCGGCAGAUUACCUCGGCCAACGUGGGCCCACAAAAUCCGUUAUGACAAUAGCGUUUCAGUUCGCUUUCGAGAGUCAUCUUCAAGAAAACAUAGCAGCCAUGGCGAGAGAGUAUGUGCGUAGCAUCAUAUCGUCGGUCCAAAGAGUCGCUUUGGCGCUCUCACCUUCGCCUUUUGGCCCUCGAAACCUACAAGCCCCAUCUGGCACCCCUGAAGCUCAGAUGCUAGCUCGUUGGAUCUGCCAUAGCUUCCGUUGCUUUCUUGGCGAGGAACUGUUCAAAACUGUUGAUGAACGAAGUGAUUCGAUGCUGAAAACACUUUGGCAUCAUUCAGAUGCCAUAAUGUGUUGCUCUUUAAAGGCGGUGCCAGAUUUCACGUUUGCGAAUCAGGCAGGGUUAGAUAUGCUCGAAACUACAUUAGUUUCACUCCAAGACAUUACUGUUGACAAGAUUCUCGAUGGAGGUGGAAGAACGAAUGUUUGCUCCGAGCUCCCACAGAUCCUACAACAGGGUUUUGCGUGUCUUCCGGGUGGCAUUUGCUUGACGAGCAUGGGAAGACCUGUGUCGUAUGAACGAGCCAUAGCUUGGAAGGUAUUGAACGAUGAAGAAAUCCCGCAUUGCAUAGCGUUUGUGUUCGUGAAUUGGUCUUUCAUAUAGUUUAAUCUCAGAAAGUCGAAAGAAAAGAGUCCUAUUUUUAGAAAGACUAGGUUUAGAAAGCCAGACAUUUUACUACACUACUCUUGCAUUGAGCUUCUAUAUAUAGAUCUUCCUUCCUGUUUACUUCU